ACUGUAGUAUAUGCAUGCAAACCGGCGCGGGCGCGGUGUCGCUCCCCGCGCACCCCUUUGUAUCAAUCAGUAAUAAACGGACCGUCGACUGUACUGCUGUGUUUCCUUUACGCUCUCAAAUACCUCACUGGCGACGAAUCUACCCGCGCGUGAAAAAAAAAAAUAACCGUUGAUUAUGACGACUACUUGUAUCGGAAGUCUUACAGUUUUUGACCAUAAUUCUCAAGAGUGGAAGAUAUUUCAUGGAAGGCUGCAGCAGUAUAUUCUUUUAAAUUCAGUUGUAGAUGCCAAGAAGGCACCGUUAUUACUCACUCAUCUGUCGGAUGAUACCUACCGUCUGGCCACAGAUCUCGUGCAUCCUAAGAAAGUAGAGGAUUUUGCGUUUGACGCUUUAGUCGAAGUGCUAAACAAGCAUUUCUCGCCGAAAAGGUGUACCUUCGCCGACAGGGAGAAGUUUUUUGAGGCGAGAAGGACAACGGGAGAAAGCGUCGAGGGAUGGGCGGCGCGAGUUCGCGGACUCGCCGUGCACUGCGAGUUCGGCACUGCAUUGGACAUGCUGCUAGUGAAUCGUUUUGUGCUAGGCAUGAACGUAGGCCGCGAACGUGAUCGCUUAUUCGAGCAGGACGCUACUUCGCUUUCGUUUGCGAAAGCCUUGGAGGUGGCACAGCAGGCGGCGAGUGCGCGCCAUGCCCGGGCGACGGCCACGGAGUCAACGGCGGCGGCGCUCGUGAAGGAGGAACCGGUGUACCGGGUGAGCGGGUCGAAACCCGCCACCGACCGCGGACGAGAGGUUCGCAAGUGCACCGUGUGCGGCAUGAAAAAUCAUGAUGCGGACCAGUGCAAAUAUAAGGGUUACAAGUGUCAAAAGUGCGGUUUAGUUGGCCAUUUGAAAAAAGUGUGUAAGGCCAAGUUGUCGCGAAUUAAUAAUAUAGGGCAGCAAAAUAGUGAUACUUCGGAUGAUGCGUCGUGCUGCGUGGAGUGCCAAAACUAUAGAUUAAGGUACGUUUCAAUAAAACCUAUUGAAAUUGAAGUACAGUUAGGGGAUAAUCUUGUCACUAUGGAACUAGAUUCCGGUUCGGGUACUUGCGUCAUAUCAGACACCUUGUAUUAUGAUAGGUUUCAUAAAUACAAAUGAUUGCCUUGUAAUGUCCGUAUGUGCUUUUAUAACGGCCAUAAAAUCGCACCUUUAGGAGUUUUUGAUAUUGAUGCUACUUUUAACAAUAGCACCAAAUGCAUCAGCAUUUUUGUUGUCAAAGAUGGAGGACCCGGUCUAUUAGGCCGCGAUUUUAUGGCCGCCUUUGACAUAUAUUUCACUGCGAGGAUAAAUAAAAUAAGUGAAGAUAAGGAUUUUGAUCUUUUGUUAGAACAAUACCCUAACCUGUGGCGUGACGAGCUAGGUGCAUUUAAUAAGUUUAAAGUCACUUUAACAUUAAAUAAUAAAGCUAGCCCUAAAUUUUUUAAGCCACGACCUAUACCCUUUGCCCUUAAAGGGAAAGUAGAAGCUGAACUAGAUAGGUUGGUAGGGUUAGGUAUUUUGGUACCCGUCAACCAUUCCCAAUACGCUACUCCAAUUGUACCAGUGCUUAAAGAGAACGGUAAAGUAAGAAUCGCGGGGGAUUUUUCGGUUACUCUGAAUAAGGACUUAGUGAUUGAUAAGUAUCCGCUCCCUCGUAUAGAGGAAGUAUUCGCAAAGCUGGGCGGCGGCGAGCACUAUAGUAAAAUCGAUUUGAAGAACGCAUACAAUCAAUUUGUUUUAAGCGAUGAGUCCCAGGAGCUCACUACAAUAAACACCCCGAAGGGAUUAUUUAAGUAUACUCGUCUCGUUUAUGGCUUAGCGAAUGCUCCGGCUAUUUUUCAAAAAGCCAUGGAGACGUUGCUUGCCGGCAUAGAUGGAGUGAGUUGCUGGCUGGACGACAUAUGUAUUACAGGUCCCAACAAAGUUGUCCACCUUAGCAGGUUACGGGAAGUACUGAGUAGGCUUGACCAAGCCGGUCUCCGUCUGCAGAAGGAAAAGUGUGAGUUUUUCAAAAAUAGUGUUACUUAUUUAGGUUACACAAUAAGUAAAAAAGGGCUUCAAUCCAGUGCGCAAAAGGUAAAAGCGGUAAUUAAUGCACCGGAACCUAAAAAUGU